UUAGUCUAAAAAAGAAAAAAACAACACCGCUUAAUAUGUAAUUUGCGCACAACAAACAAUACACUAAUUGCUACAAUAAGCAAUUUACAGCAAUUGUACUAGAAUAAUAAAAUCCCUUUUGGUUCGAGUUCGGGAGUGAGGUCACGUGGUUUUAUUGCGAAGAUGGCGUCGCCCGGUGGAGGUGAAGAUUUUGAAACAUCUCUUAUGAGUCUUGAAAAAUUAGACCGAGCCUCUCCUGAUCUAUGGCCAGAACAAUUACCUGGGGUUGCAGAAUUUGCUGCCUCUUUUAAGAGUCCCAUUACUAACUCUCCACCCAAGUGGAUGGCUGAAUUAGAAAAUGAUGACAUUGAAAUGUUAAAAGAACUUGGAAGUCUUACAACAGCAAAUCUAAUGGAGAAAGUCAAGGGAUUACAGAAUCUUGCUUACCAACUUGGACUAGAGGAAUCUAGGGAAAUGACAAGAGGAAAAUUUCUAAACAUCCUGGAGAAACCCAAGAAAUAAGGAAUAAUGCCACACUUGGAAUGAGCUGCUCUUGAAGGAUCUUUGGAACAAUUCAUCUCCUCCUGACAGAGAGCUAAACAGACCCAAUCUACUUAUAAGGUUUUAUUGAAUGUUUAUAAUAGAUGGCUAAAAUGAUUACCAUUUGAGAAAAAACAUGUAAAAAGGUAAUGUGGUAGUCAUAUUAGAUAUUUUUUGUGUUUAUAUGAAAGUGCUGUCAGUGCAGUUGAAGUAUCUUGGAGGAUCGUGUCAUGCAAAGGCAUAAUUUCUCUUGAAACAUUUGAUUACUUCAUUAGGACUCAUGAAAAUACUGAAAAGAAAAUUAACAACUGUGUCUUUGAUUAAUGAACUCUGAAGCCAUGUAUCAUUUUUGCUUAAUUUUAUUAUUUAAAGCUUAAAUAUUGUUAUUGCUAAAUUCACCAUUUUGAUACCUAUUCAUUUUUACUUAAUUAAUAAAAAAAAUCCAUUUUGUUUCUAAAGUAGAAUCUUCACCUGUUAAUUUCAGUGUUUCGUAUUGUUUCUUAUUGUUUAUUUCAGUACAUUUUGUGCUAUGCAGUAUUUCUUUAAUGUGUACUCAUAGCAAUCUAGGGUGGCAUUAUGGUGUUGUUAUUACAGGAUAGCCAUUUAAACCAGUUUUAGGCAUUGCUUGAUAAGCAAUAACUUUUUCUUCCACCCAUCCUUCUCACAAUGUUUGUUAAAACGAAGGUAUGGGAAACCUUUGAAGUAAAUGGUCUAGGGUUCUUAAACUUGUUUAUUAUAUAUUUUUUCAGAUCUAUAAAGUUUUAAUAAAUACAUUUUUUCUUCUUUUUU